CUAAUUUGCAAACGUCAACCGUGAGGUAGCACGACCUUCUACACUGUUUGGAAUCGUGUUGAGAUGGUGGGACAACUGAUUGUCCCGUUUCUGUUAGCUUACUUUUCCCUUAUUGAAGAUGCUUUAACUGCAGAAAAUAAUCCAGCAUUCAUUGGCUAUGUAACCGUUAAGGACAAAAGUCACUUCCGCACAGUUUUCGAGAAGCAAAUCAACAGAUCACCGACCAAUCCUUCUGAAUUAUACCAUGCUAUUCUUGGCCUUCAUUCUCUUGGUGAGAAGAUACCAAAUAUAGAUGCAAUUUGUUCUGCGUUGAACAAACCUGUCAAGAAUCCAGACUUGGCUUUCUAUGCAAGCAUGGGCCAAAAGAUCUUGGGCUCCGCUAAAUGCAAGGUAUCAAUUCAAGAAGUCGAAAAACUAUCCAAACAGUUGUUGGCUCAAGAUAUAACAGUUGAAAACUUAUAUUUUAUAAUUUCAUCCAUGAAAAAUCUAGGAAUAAAAAUUGAUGCCAAUCAGGUUACUUCAAUAGUCAACAAACUGAAAGCUAAGGACAACAGUCCAACAACGAUAGCCUUUAUUCUUCAAAUUCUUCCACAACUUGGCUUGACUAAGACAGUUAUGGAUGGUUAUGCGUCAGGUAUGAAUGAUAUUCUAGAUCAAGCCGAUGAAGUGAAUGGUAAUCAGCUAUUUUAUGAAAAAGGCCUGUAUACCACAUCGUUGGUUGCGAAAGGUAUUGUGGAAUUUGUAAAUGUAUACGGAGAAAUCCCGAAAGCUGUAGAGGGUAAACUAGUCAAAUUGUUCAAUUAUCUUUAUGCACGACGUCAAGUCACAAAUACACGUGCUGCUGCGCACAUGGCUGCUGCUUUCAAAGCAUUGGCUGAUAGUACUGUGAUGAUGCCUAUUGUCGUUGAACCAUCAGUUAAUAUGAAUGAUGAACUGAAUUUAGCUAUUCCAUCAGAGUUUUCAGUUGAUCGAGCAAACCCUAAUCUUAAUUUACGCCUCAAACACCUAUGGACUGGUGUAUAUAUUAAGCCUAGUGAAUUCACUCUUAAAGCGCAUGGUCUUUAUAAUCUUGUUAACAAGAAGAUUGAUGAAAAUCAAGUUCUAGUUGGACCAACUGAUCGUGGAGAUUUUAAACAAGAUGAUAAAAACAAUAUAUUCCAAGUUUCUUUGCUUCCUGAUCCGAAAUCAACUGCUACACCGUCACCAGGAUAUUAUGCAUUGGAAAUUAGUGCAGUCAGUAAAAAGGCUGGUGAUCGUCGUAAACUGUUAGGAUUAACUAAUGUCCAGGUUCCUUUACGAGUAAUCACUGAAGCUAAGGUUGGUCAGACUACUGUAACAAUAAUGGACACUGCUCAUGAACGUCAUAUUGCUGAUAUCAGUUUAACACCUGGUCAAACACAUAAAGCAUCAACAGCUUCUGGUGCUAUCAAUUUAGAUGUUGGCCAACAAAUAACACUUGAUUUACAUCUUACAGAUGGUAGUAGUAGUAGUCAUACCCAGUUGACAGCUCAUCAGGUGUUUGUUCAGUUAACGCAUCAAAAAACUCUACAAGCAAUUACCUAUACAUGCAGUGAAAUAAUUAAAGACAAACAGACGGGAAAGAAAAAUUAUCAACUAUUCCUUGAUCCAGAUGCCUCUGCAGCUGAAUUUGACUACCUUUCAGGAGUAUAUAAAGCGGAAUUAAUUGUUGGCGAUUCAUUGAUUAAAACACCAUUGAUUUGGCAUAUGUUUGAUUUAGAUCUUCAUUUUGUUGGUGAAGCUGGUGAUGAAACUAAACGACGUAUUGCUCAAGCUACUGAUGUUUCACGUCAACAGUCAUCUUCACCGGCUGCGCUGAAACGUGCCUCCAAUCCAAAUGCUAUCAUUGGUAGUGGACCGACAUCAGCAAAACCAGAAAUUGAACAUAUGUUCCGUGCCCCGGAGAAAAGAGCUCCACCAUUUUUAGCUUUAUCAUUUACUGUCCUGUGUUUACUUCCAUUACUUGGAUUACUUAUUGCUUGGAUGGUUAUCGGUUUCAAUGUGUCCAACUUCAAAGUUUCAAUAUCAAAUAUUGUUUUCCAUGCUGGUUUAAUAUGCUAUGGAGUGGGUGGGAUUCGAGGCCAAGACACCCACGGACUCUAUUUUUUAUCUCUACUUCGUCUAUUGGUGUCGACUGGAUAUGUUUACAACACUGGGUUAUCUAAGUAUAUUAGGUAUACCCACAUUCUUAGCUGGUAAUUCAGUUCUUCGAGCACAAGUGAUUGCAAAACAAACCGCCGGUGCUGGUGGUUCGUCUUCUACCUCUGCUGCUGCUACAAAUCUUCAUACUGCUAAUGUGAAAAAGUGAUUGAAACACGUGUGACAAUUUUUUGUCAUCAUUAUUGUCAUUUGUCAUUAUCUUUGCUAUCCCGUGUCCAUUUUCUUUUCCUUUUUCUCCUUGUGUGUUCAUAUUAGUUUUCGAUACUUUGUUCGCUUAAUUAACUGACAGUCAUGGCACUUUUAUGUACGUUAGUGCGUGUCUACCUGCGUGUGUGUGCGUGCAUAUGAGUUUUUAUAGGUGUGUGUGUGUGUAAAAUAGAAAACAAAAUGAAAUACUUAUCGUGUUUAUUUUGUUUGAUUAUUUUUCCGUCUGUCUGUCUGUGUGUUUUCGAAAUAGAACUCUGCACA